CUUUCUAUUUUCACAAUACAAUGAAGACAUAUUUUAACAACAUAAUGAGGACAUAUUUUAACAACAUAAAGAGGACAUAUUUUAACAAAAAGGGAGGACAUAUUUGAACAACAUAAUGAGGACAUAUUUGAACAACAUAAAGAGGACAUAUUUGAACAACAUAAAGAGGACAUAUUUCAACAACAUAAUGAGGACAUAUUUGAACAACAUAAAGAGGACAUAUUUGAACAACAUAAUGAGGACAUAUUUGAACAACAUAAUGAGGACAUAUUUGAACAACAUAAUGAGGACAUUUUUUAACCCAAGUUCCAACUGGGGCCAUGGUUAGUCAUACAUGUUGGGUUGUUGAUGUUAGAUUUAUAUUGAGAUUAGGGUUUGAGUACAGUUUAAGAUUAGGAGAAGUAAAAGUAGAAUUUUUCAAGGACUGUCAAUUUUGGUGUCGCUAUUUAAAUAGGUGAGGAAACCAUGUCGGACUCUUCGAUGUCAGACUCCUCCCCCUGCUGCUCGUGUUCCUGCUUCAAACAAAUGAAACAGCGAUGUCCCCGACCACACGGCUUUCUGGCCCACGCUGUCACUAAGGUGGUUAUGGCAGCGUUGUGGUUCGGGGUGGUCUGGUCCAUCACUGGGAAGGAGUGCUAUCCAGGGGGGAAUCUGUUCGGCAUCAUCAUCUUGUUUCUCUCUGCCGUGUGUGGAGGAAAACUGGUCGGAUUGAUCAAAUUUCCAACAAUCCCCCCGUUUCCACCUCUACUUGGUAUGUUAACAGCAGGUCUCCUUCUCCGUAACGUCCCGUAUGUAACAGAUGUGGUCCACAUUGAGCAGGCCUGGUCAGCGUCUCUGAGGAACAUCGCUCUGGCCAUCAUACUGACCCGUGCUGGACUGGGCCUUGAUCCCACGGCUCUCAGCAGGCUCAAGGCGGUGUGUUUGCGAGUGGCAGUUGGACCGUGUACAGUUGAGGCCUUGACAGUAGCUGUGAUGUCCCACUUCCUGAUGGACCUGCCCUGGAUCUGGUCAUUUAUACUUGGGUUUGUCCUGAGUGCUGUUUCUCCAGCGGUGGUCAUUCCCUCCAUGUUGUUGCUCCAGAAGAAUGGCUACGGGGUGGAGAAGGGAAUCCCCACCCUCCUGAUGGCUGCUGGGAGUUUUGAUGCCCUCUUGGCCAUCACAGGGUUUAGUACCUGUCUGGGUGUGGCCUUCGCUACAGGCUCUACCUGGAUGAACAUACUAAAAGGUGUACUAGAGGUGGUUGGGGGGUCGGUGGCUGGACUGCUCCUAGGACUCUUCAUCUGUUUCUUUCCCAGUCUGGACCAGGAGGAUGUGGUUCUGAGGAGGAGUGCCAUGUUGCUGGGUCUGGCUGUCUUCUCUGUGUUUGGGAGUCGAGUGGCUGGUUUCCCUGGAGCAGGAGGUCUCUGUACUCUGGUCAUUGCCUUCCUAGCUUCCCUGGGCUGGGGGACAGAGAAGGCCCCAGUUGCAGCUGUGCUGGGUAGAUUCUGGGAUGUCUUCCAGCCACUGCUGUUUGGACUGAUAGGAGUAGAGAUUAAAAUAUCUACACUGAACCCCAACACAAUAGGUCUGGGCAUGGCGUGUCUGGCUGUGGGUCUGGUCAUUAGGCUCCUCGUCAUGUUCCUCAUGGUUUUCUUCGGAGGCUUCAACAUGAAGGAGAAACUGUUCAUCUCUGUGGCCUGGAUCCCCAAAGCCACUGUCCAGGCAGCAAUAGGUUCUACAGCACUAGACAUGGCCCGUAUGUCUGGGGAUGAAGUUCUGGUGAAGUAUGGUCUGGAUGUUCUGACCGUGGCGGUUAUGGCCAUCCUCACUACAGCACCCAUCGGAGCUCUGGGGAUCGGCCUGGCAGGACCCAAACUACUGAAAAGACACACACAGAGUGCCACUUUGCCAAUCGAGGAGGUCAGACUGCAAGAGGCAUCAGAAACCUCCGGUUCUACGAAGUGUAAAAGGAACAUCUGUGGGAUGGCUCAGCUUCAUCCUCUGCUCCCACGUCAUUCUGUCUAGAUGACCCCCAAUGACCCUGAUCUAAGGUCACAGGCGCUAACAUCAGCGCUGGGGAACUACUGGGGAUGACGGGCCCUUUUCUGUGGAAAAGGAAGCUCCUGUCAUUUGUGUCAUUUUUAAAGUCACCCAUUUUUCUGUAUUGUUCAGUUUUUUUAAAUGUUGAAGGUAACCGGGAGUCCGUCCUUUACCAGCGAAAUAUGUCUUCAGUGGACAUUUAUGCCUUUUCUGCUUUUUGCUGGUUGGAUGAGAUACUGUUUACAUUAUUGCACAAACCUGUGCCUCAAUGUGCCCAUUAUUUAGUAAAAAUAAAAAAAUGUAUAAA